UCGCAUGGCUCUGAUUAAAACCUCUCCUCUCUUCCAUCUUUUCUGCAAAACCCCUUCAGCCCUUUCUUCCUACACAGGUCCCAACUGUUUCAAAUCCCUGAAACCCAUAAUGAUCCAUCCUAAGUUCCAACCCCAGAAUACCUUUUCCAUGACAAAGACUACCAAUUUAUGCACCACAUCAGCCAUCCUCCAAGGCCCCUCCUCCUCUUCUUCAGCAGUACCCCAUAAGUCCAGGAAGAAAGCCCGCAGCGAAUCCCCAGAAAUCCUGCUGCGUUUCAAACUCGAUCAGUGCUCUAAGCGCGGUGAUUUAGGCGAGGCCCUUCGCAUUUACGAUGAGGCAAGGGCCGAUAAUGUUCCCCUCAGCGUUCACCAUUAUAAUGUUUUGCUUUAUUUGUGCUCUGCUAGAAGUAAUAGCAGCGACGAUAUUAGUUUAGAAAAGGGCUUUCAAAUUUUUAAGCAAAUGGGGUUGGAUAAUGUUGUCCCAAAUGAGGCAACUUUUACUAGCGCUGCAAGAUUAGCAGCUGCUAAGGAAGACCCAGAAAUGGCUUUUGAUUUGGUUAAGAAAAUGGAGAGUUACGGGAUUGUUCCGAAAUUGAGGUCUUAUGGACCUGCAUUGUUUGGGUUUUGUAAGAAAUCAAUGGCGGAUAAGGCUUUUGAGGUUGAUGCUCAUAUGGUUGAGAAUGGUGUUUUAGCCGAGGAGGAGGAGCUUUUGACCCUAUUGAGGCUUAGUUCCGAGGAAAAUUUAGUCGAGAAAACUUAUGAAUUUAUGCAUAGGAUGAGGUCUACAGUUAGACAGGUAUCAGAGGAGACUGCAGGUGCUAUGGAGGAUUGGUUUAAGUCAGAGACUGCUGCUGAUGCUGGAUUGAAGAAUUGGGAUGUGGAAAAGGUGAAGGAGGGGAUGGUGAAAGGAGGAGGUGGCUGGCACGGGCAAGGGUGGCUGGGGAAAGGGAAAUGGAGUGUGGUUAGGACUGAAAUGCAGGAGAACGGAGUAUGUCAUUCAUGUGGAGAGAAGCUUGUUUGCAUUGAUAUUGAUCCUAAAGAGACGGAGAAUUUUGCUAAUUCAGUGGCUAAACUGGCUUGUGAGAGAGAAGUAAGGGCGGAUUUUGUGAAAUUUCAGGAAUGGCUCGCAAAGCAUGGACCUUUUGAUGCAGUGAUAGACGGGGCAAAUCUUGGCCUCAUUAAUCAAAAACAUUUCAGUUUCCAGCAGCUGAAACAUGUUGUGAAUCAGUUACACCAAAUGAGCAAGUCAAAUAGAUUGCCACUUGUUAUUUUGCACAGAAGCCGCGUGUUUGGUGGUCCUGCUCAGUACCCUAAUAACAAGAAAUUGUUGGAGAGUUGGAGAAAUGCCGGUGCACUUUAUGCUACUCCUCCUGGUUCAAACGACGAUUGGUAUUGGUUAUAUGCUGCUGUUAGUUGUAAAUGUUUGUUGGUGACAAACGAUGAGAUGAGGGACCAUUUAUUCCAACUACUAGGGACUAGCUUUUUCCCACGAUGGAAAGAGAAGCAUCAGGUGAGAUUAACUCCCGCAAGACCUGGACUUACCCUUCAUAUGCCUCCACCUUAUUCGAUAGUUAUUCAGGAGUCAGAAAACGGUAGUUGGCAUAUACCUACUGUCGCAGGAGAUGACCUUGAAACCCCAAGGAAAUGGGUGUGUGCUACCAGGACAAAGAAAAAAAAUCUACAUUCCAUCUUCAGCUGAAUACUGUGACCAAAUCCAUUAUGGUUCAUAUAAAAAGGAAGGAAAUGAAAUUUCGUAUCAAGGCAUCUUCGUCUGGUUCCUAUGGCAGUGCCUGCAGCGGUAAGAGCAAGAAAUGAGAAGAUUUUGUCCUCGGUGUUGGCCAUUCUUGAAAUUGCAUAUAAGAUUAGUGUCCCGUGAACUGCAGAUGUUCCACAUGAGCUUUGGAAGUGGCAAGAAUCAAAGUGCAGUAAGCCUGACAGAAGAGCGCAAGACAUCGAGAACCAGCCAAAGAGGAGCAACCUUGCUGUACAGAAACAAAUAUAUUAUUGCUUCUUCAACAACUAUAUAGUCCAUAACUUUACAACUGAGAUAUGUUUUUGACCAAAAAAAAAA